AUGCCACAAUCCAAGACACUUCGAAGAAAAGUAACUUUAUGUGAAUUUCAGUUUUGCCUGAUAUUUAUCUCCUCUCUCUUUCCCUUUCUCUCUUUCUUUCUUUCUUUAAUUCUUUCUUUCUUUGCAGAUGUGUAUCUGUUUCUUUUCAUGGCUUCUUUCCACCAUUCUUUUUGCAUUCAUCGUAGUUUGCAGAGAGAGGGAAAGAAAGGGUUUACUUCCUACAAAAGCUUGAAAAGCCAUCAAAACAAACCUAUCUAUCUAUCUAUCUAUCUAUCUAUCUAUCUAUUUAUAAAAAAGCUUGAAAAGCCAUCAAACAAACCUAUCUAUCUAUCUAUCUAUCUAUCUAUCUAUCGACGUUUAUUUAUCUGCGUUUAUGUGUUUCGCGCCAGUAUUUUGCUCAGCGCACCUGCUUACAAACGGCAACCAAUUUGGGAAUUCAGUAAACGUUCGAAUCGCGGCUAUAAUAAGUACUUUCUCGGUUCUGUAAAAUCCGUAAUACUAACACUUUAUAAAUAUCAACCAAUCUAUCUUUUCCGCCCUCCGCUGACUCCAUAUUUAAGUCUGCUACUCCUCGCAGACGCUCUGUCCCGCAUCUUCCCUGAUCUUCGUUUGUCCUUUACUCACAGAUUCCUAUAUCAUUUAUUCUCAUCAGCGUUCGCAGGCCGUUUCUUUCUCAUUCCCCAAAAGAUUUACGCCUCUUCCUAG